CUGAAAGCAGGCUAACGAGAGAGCUGGCCUUCAGGAUAACUCAGCUUCUUUGCUACUCUCAUGCCUGCCUUUUAAACAAAUUUAUUGUUUACUGUCCUCCUCCUCUUUCAUCCUCUCAAAAGUAAUUAUGAUUUGACUCUUGAGAUAGGUCAUAGAGGAAGGAGAUAUGGGAUAAAAGUCUAAGCUGGUUUAUACCCUGUAGGCUGCCCAGGCUAGGCUAGAGUUCUUAUUUGCUGAUUCUCUUUUCUUUACUAUAGCCUAGGAUAGAGGAGGUGGGAAAGCCAGAGAGCUCUGCUGUUGAUGCUCUGACAGCAGCAGCAGGGCCUCUUCAGAGAAGGGAACUGGAGCACUUCAGAGGGACCUUUGAACCUCCUGUGAACUGGGGCUCUGUCACUGAUACCAAAGGUGAUGGGAUUGACACAGAUCUCUUUCUGGAGCAUGUCCUGAUGUCCUUGAUCAUCCAGAGCUUUGCCCCCUGUUCCUGAGAGAGGCAAUGGCCACAACAGAAAAUCAUUUCUUCAUUGCUGAGGGAAUGGCUCCUCCAAAAAGGAUCCUCUUUCCACCAGAGAAGAUCUGCAUGGUCUGGCAGCAGAGACAGAGUGCUGGAGCGGGGCUCUUCAAUGUGGGCAACACGUGUUUCCUCAACGCUGUCCUGCAGUGCUUGACCUACACCCCCCCACUGGCCAACUACCUGCUGUCCCGAGAGCACAGCCGGGCCUGUCACCAGCAAGGUUUCUGCAUGAUGUGCAUCAUGGAAGCGCAUGUUAACAGGGUAUUGCAUUCCCCUGUCAGUGCCAUCCUGCCUUUGACUGUCCUCAAGGUUUUCAGACACAUAGGAGAGCAUUUUCAGCCUGGCAGGGAAGAAGAUGCCCAUGACUUCCUAUGCUGUACUGUCAAUGCCAUGCAGAGAGCUUGUCUGAGUGCAAGCAACGACUUGGACCUCUCUUCUCAAUCCACUACCGUUGUCUAUCAAAUAUUUGGGGGCUUUCUGAGAUCCAGAGUCACCUGCUUCAGCUGCAAAGCCAUUUCUGACUCCUAUGAGGCCUUCCUGGAUGUUCCUUUGGAUAUCAAAGCAGCUUCAUCCCUCACUGCAGCUCUGGAGGACUUUGUGACACCCGAGCACCUGGAUGGUGAUAACUGCUUUAAAUGUAACAAGUGUAAGAAGAAUGUUGCUGCCUCCAAGAGGUUCACAGUCCAUUCUGCACCCAAGAUUCUCACGGUGUGCCUGAAAAGGUUUGACUGUUUCACCGGUGGGAAGAUCAGCAAGGUUGUGGAGUACCCCGAGUACCUGGAUCUUCGCCCAUACAUGUCCCAGGCCGAUGGAGAACCCCUCCAUUACUCCUUGUAUGCUGUCCUGGUGCACAGUGGGGUCAGCUGCCAUGGAGGACACUAUUUCUGCUACACAAAGGCCAGCAACGGGCUGUGGUACCAGAUGGAUGAUGAGUUUGUGGAGCUCCGUUGCAUUGACACAGCUCUCAAGCAGCAAGCCUACCUGCUGUUUUAUGCCAGGUGCUCUGAUCUGAAGAUUGGAGAAAGGGCUUCUUCCUCGCUGGCACCACCAUAUGCCCCUUCCUUCCUCAGUCAGUGGGACACAGCGCUGGACGUGGAAGAUGCUGGCAGGGAGCAGGCCUGGAGCAGAUCCCUGCUGUGGGGCAGGGAUGGCUGCAGCUGCUUUGUGGACACCACAGACUGUGACCACUGUGCAGGGAGGAGAGUGGGCCCUUGCAGCUGUGACCACGCUCCCAGGGAUGGUGCAGCUUCAGGGCCUUCCAGCAGGAGCCUGCAGUGGCCUGGUGCCCCCAGGGCUGCUUGGGAGCAAACCCUGCUGCUGCAGAGAGAGAUGAGCAGAUCCGUGCGGGGCAGUUACGACCUCCGCAGCCGCUUUGUGCAGUACACAGAGCUCUCACCAAGGAGGAGGAGGAGGCAGACAACAAAUUCUCCAUGUCGUGACCAAACCCCUGUCGAUAGAGCAGUUCCAGAGCCCUCCAGCACCAGCUGGAAGCAGCGUCCCGUACUCAGGGCUGCUGGAGAGCAAACCCGACCGAGGCGGAGAGAGCAGAGGAGAUCCCCGCGGCAGGGCUGUGACCUCCGCAGCCGCUCUGUGCAGCGCACAGCCCACCUCCCCUCUCUGGGCAAGAGGAACUGGGGGACAACAAGUCCACGUUGUGACAAAGCCCCAGUGGAUAACGCAGCGUCAGGGCCCUCCAACAGCAGCUUCAAGCAGGUUCCCAUGCUCAGGGCUGCUCGGAAGCAAUCCCGAACCAGGCUGAGAGAGCAGAGAAGAUCCCCACAGCCAGGCUAUGAUCUUCGCAGCCGCUGUGCACUGCCCACCACCCUUCGGUGAGGAAGAGGAGGGUUUCCAUGGCCCAGAGAUGCGUGUCAGACAAGCACCCAGGGCACUCUGGGAGUGCUGAGGUCAGAUUAUGGCCCUGGCCAAAGCAGAAUGGAAGAUUAGCACUGCAGUUUUUAGCAAAGGUGUCCUUGUUUUCUACAUGCCUUCUCAAACAUGAGGCAACAAUUUAUUUACAUAGAUGAUGAUGCUAGUGACUAGACUAAAAGGCUUUAAUUAGAAGUCUUUAUUCCACAGUGUAGAUAGUUACUGCUACUAAUAUAGCUCAGUAUUUGGAAGCAGUAUUGAAGCAAUUAUAUUAAAGGUAGAAAAAUAAAUGUUAAGUAGAGACUGACAUUACUCACCCUUGCCAACGGCCCUGAACAAGUCUCUUUUUCUCAGUCUCAAAGUGAAACCUUGCUGGGUGUCCCCACUCAAGGGAGGAAUCUCCACACUCCAAGAAGGGGGGUGUUAGAAGUCUGUCCUGUUAAAGAGUGGGACAGGGCUUUUACAGUCUGAGGGGAUGGCUGUCAGUCAGGAAACUGCCUGAGCAGGGACACAGCAGCUCCAGCUGUUUACACCUUACCAGGAAUGGCUUAAGCAAGGAGGGUCUCCUGUUUUUAGUGUUAAAGAACACUGAGAGCAGCUUGACCAAAUUAUCAUACCCACCACUGUCACUGAAAACAUCAGGAUAGAUUAAGCUCUUUAAUGCUACUUUUAAUAUCAGAAAGCACACAUUACUUUAUUACAGCGCUCCUCUAAACAUGCACACGCUCUUUCAAAGCUUUGCAUUAUUUAUACAUUUUAGCAAACCAAGAUAUUAAUGUUCAUUGGCUAUAAAUUGCUCUUCAUUAAUUAGUUUUCUGUCUUCUAUUGGUUAUUGACUUCUUGCUUCUCAUGCUAAUUAGUCCAUAUUUUCAGUCUUUUUGUUAUCUUUUUCCCAGAUAGAGAGAGGUAUCGUGUUUUAAACCUGGAUGGAAAUUAAACACCAUGCAGCUGCUUGCUCAACCACCUCUUCUUCCCCCUCCACUGGUGGAAUGGGGAGGAGAUUUGAAGUAAAACUUGUGUGUUGAAUUAAGAACAGUUUCAUAUUUGAAAAUAAAGUACAACAAUAGUAGUAAUGAAUAAUGAUAAUGAAAAGGGACCAAACAAGUGAUGCACAAUGCAAUUACACACCACCUCCUGACUGAUGCCAGAGCCCCCUUCCCAAACCAAGAUCAGCUGCCCUUCUGGGCAACUGCUCCCAGUUUAUAUACCAGGCAUGAUGUUCUAGGGUGUGGAUGUCCCUUUGGGCAGUUUAGGUCACCUGUCCCAGAUGUGUUCUCCCAGUUUCUUUUGUGAACCUCCUCACUGGCAGAGCAGAAGAUGAGGAAACAAAAAGUCCUUGACUUAGGAUAAACAUGACUUAGCAAAACCCAAAACUUCAGUGUAUUAUCAACACCAUUCUCAUUCCAAAUCCAAAACACAGCCCUGUGACAGCUAAAGAAGAAAUUAAAGAAGAAAUUAACUCUACCCUAGGUGAAACCAGGACAAUGGUUGAAUUGUCUUUGACACUUGCUGAAUUGUCUUUGUUAGUUCCCUCUUUAUGUCAGGGUUCUGCACAAUGGCCUCAUGGUUCAUAAAUUCUGCAUUCCUUGUGUCCAGCUUCAGCAGUGAAUCCCUCUUCCAGGUCUGAGACCAUUGAAGCAUAUCAAGGUUGAUUACAGUUUUUUUUAGCAAAAUGUAAAAGCUUCAGGAAUAUUCCCAAGCUGUGUUCCCACUGUAGCAGCUUAUGACAAACCUUGCUGAAUGUUGGCUACAGUGGCAUAUGACAGAGUGGAAAAUUACACUGCUUAUGAUUAAUUCAAACAAGUAAUAAGAAAACUUAAUUAAAACAAUUAAUUAGAAAAGGUGUUUGUAAAGUUCUAUCAUUUCCAACACCGUGAGGACAUGCAAACAGAUACUCCCCGAUCUGAGGGCAGGAGCAGCAGGGAUGUCCAGGCUUUCACAUCAAAGUGAGAGUCACAAGUGUCACAUGGAAGAAACCAAUGAGCUUCUAACACCUUUUUUCAGCAGCAAAGCAUAUUUUGCUGAAUAAACCUGACAAUACAAAAGCUAAAAACGUAUCAGACUGGCAGCCCAUCAUGUUAUGCUGUAGAAGGGCAGUCCCACUUUUGCACGGUGAGAAUUUCUAGCAUACCUCCCUUGAGUAGGAAAACCCCUUAAGGUCACUUUUCAAGGCUGAGCCAAAUAGGUUUGCUCAUGGUUGUUGCAUGGUUAACAUCAAUCUCUACUUAAUAAUUGUUUUGCUAGAUUUAAUAUAAUUGCUUCUCUAGUCCUUCAAAAAUAGUGCAGUAUACAAUACCAGUAGCUAUGGCUACCUAUGCUAUGUAGCAAA